ACAGCCUUCUUCGGCUUAGGAACACCGGACAGCACUCCAGCACUCUGCUUGGGGGGCAUUCGAAACAGCAAAAUCACUCGUAAAAGGCAAAAAAUUGCAAAAAAAAAAAAAAAUAGUAAUAAGCAGCAUGGCACUAAACAGACCAUGAAAAGACGUGUGUGCAGCAUGAAAAUUGAGACAGGAAGGCAGAGCGUCAGCUUGUUCCACCUCAGCUGGGAAUGUGCAUCAGGCAACUCAAGUUUUUCACCACGGCAUGUGUCUGUGAAUGACCACAAAACAUUAGUUUCGCUCUUGUCACCAGGUUGGAGUGCAAUGGCAUGAUCUUGGCUCACUGCAACCUCUGCCUCCCGGGUUCAAGCGAUUCUCCUGCCUCAGCCUCCCGAGUAGCUGGGAUUACAGUUAACAAUAAUACAAUACAUUUCCCGGCAUAAGUGGGUAAGUGCCACUUUGAUUUGGGCUGGGCUUAAAAGCACAAGAAAAGCUCCCAGACAAUCAGAGUGGAAACACUCCCACAUCUUAGUGUGGAUAAAUUAAAGUCCGGAUUGUUCUUCCUGUCCUGACUUGUGCUCUAGGAGAUGGUGUUGCCUUUGAUGCAAAUCCUUUGAGCCAGCAGAAUAUCUGUGGAACAUCCCCUGAUACAUGAAGCUCUCUCCCCAGCCUUCGUGUGCUAACCUGGGGAUGAUGUGGACCUGGGCACUGUGGAUGUUCCCUUCACUCUGCAAAUUCAGCCUGGCAGCUCUGCCAGCUAAGCCUGAGAACAUUUCCUGUGUCUACUACUAUAGGAAAAAUUUAACCUGCACUUGGAGUCCAGGAAAGGAAACCAGUUAUACCCAGUACACGGCUAAGAGAACUUACGCUUUUGGAGAAAAACAUGAUAAUUGUACAACCAAUAGUUCUACAAGUGAAAAUCGUGCUUCGUGCUCUUUUUUCCUUCCAAGAAUAACGAUCCCAGAUAAUUAUACCAUUGAGGUGGAAGCUGAAAAUGGAGAUGGUGUGAUUAAAUCUGAUAUGACAUAUUGGAGAUUAGAGGACAUAGCGAAAACUGAACCACCUCGGAUUUUCAGUGUGAAACCAGUUUUGGGCAUCAAACGAAUGAUUCAAAUUGAAUGGAUAAAGCCUGAGUUGGCACCUGUUUCAUCUGAUUUAAAAUACACACUUCGAUUCAGGACAGUCAAUAGUACCAGCUGGAUGGAAGUCAACUUCGCUAAGAACCGUAAGGAUGAAAACCAAACCUACAACCUCACGGGGCUGCAGGCUUUUACAGAAUAUGUCGUAGCUCUGCAAUGUGCAGUCAAGGAGUCAAAGUUCUGGAGUGACUGGAGCCAAGAAAAAAUGGGAACGACUGAGGAAGAAGCUCCAUGUGGCCUGGAACUGUGGAGAGUCCUGAAACCAGCUGAGGCAGAUGGAAGAAGGCCAGUGCGGUUAUUAUGGAAGAAGGCAAGAGGAGCCCCAGUCCUAGAGAAAACACUUGGCUACAACAUAUGGUACUAUCCAGAAAACAACACUAACCUCACAGAAACAAUGAACACCACUAACCAGCAGCUUGAACUGCACCUGGGAGGCAAGAGCUAUUGGGUGUCUAUGAUUUCUUAUAAUUCUCUCGGGAAGUCUCCAGUGGCCACCCUGAGGAUUCCAGCUAUUCAGGAAAAACCAUUUCAGUGCAUUGAGGUCAUGCAGGUCUGCCUUGCUGAGGACCAGCUAGUGGUGAAGUGGCAAAGCUCUGCUCUAGACGUGAACACUUGGAUGAUUGAAUGGUUUCCGGACGUGGACUCAGAGCCCACCACCCUUUCCUGGGAAUCUGUGUCUCAGGCCACGAACUGGACAAUCCAGCAAGAUAAAUUAAAACCUUUCUGGUGCUAUAACAUCUCUGUGUAUCCAAUGUUGCACGACAAAGUUGGCGAGCCAUAUUCCAUCCAGGCUUAUGCCAAAGAAGGCGUUCCAUCAGAAGGUCCUGAGACCAAGGUGGAGAACAUUGGCGUGAAGACGGUCACGAUCGCAUGGAAAGAGAUUCCCAAGAGUGAGAGAAAGGGUAUCAUCUGCAACUAUACCAUCUUUUACCAAGCUGAAGGUGGAAAAGGAUUCUCCAAGACAGUCAAUUCCAGCAUCUUGCAGUACAGCCUGGAGUCCCUGCAACGAAAGACCUCUUACACUGUUCAGGUCAUGGCCAGCACCAGUGCUGGGGGAACCAACGGGACCAGCAUAAAUUUCAAGACAUUGUCAUUCAGUGUCUUUGAGAUUAUCCUUAUAACUUCUCUGAUUGGUGGAGGCCUUCUUAUUCUCAUUAUCCUGACAGUGGCAUAUGGUCUCAAAAAACCCAACAAAUUGACUCACCUGUGUUGGCCCAGCGUUCCCAACCCUGCUGAUAGUAGUAUAGCCACAUGGCGUGGAGAUGAUUUCAAGGAUAAGCUAAACCUGAAGGAGUCUGAUGACUCCGUGAACACAGGAAACAGGAUCUUAAAACCAUAUUCCACCCCCAGUGACAAGUUGGUGAUUGACAAGUUGGUGGUGAACUUUGGGAAUGUUCUGCAAGAAAUCUUCACAGAUGAAGCCAGAAUGGGUCAGGAAAACAAUUUAGGAGGGGAAAAGAAUGAGAAUAGAAUUCUCUCUUCCUACCCAACUUCAAUAUAAGUGUGGACUAAAAUGCGAGAAAGGUGUCCUGUGGUCUAUGCAAAUUAGAAAGGACAUGCAGAGUUUUCCGACUAGGAAGACUGAAUCUGUGGCCCCAAGAGAACCAUCUCUGAAGACUGGGUAUGUGGUCUUUUCCACACAUGGACCACCUACGGAUGCAAUCUGUGAUGCAUGUGCAUGAGAAGUCUGUUAUUGAGUAUGAAAACAUGGUUAUGGUAAUAGGAACAGCUUUUAAAAUGCUUUUGUAUUUGGGCCUUUCAUACAAAAAAGCCAUAAUACCAUUUUCAUGUAAUGCUAUACUUCUGUACUAUUUUCAUGUAAUACUAUACUUCUAUAUUAAA